GAGGCGUGGCUGAGCAUCACGUGACCCGAUCAGGAAGCGGAACGCUGUUCAGUGUCCGGUGAACGGAGCGCUGCUGUCCGUUAUUCGUUUUGACCUGCAAACCUUACAAACGCCAGUCCGUUCGCUUUAGUCGCUGUCUGUUAGAGCUCUCAUCUACAGCUGCAGAGCGCUGUGGUCAGCAGGAUGAGUUCGGACGGAGGCGGGAGGCCUGCGAAGGUGGGCUCUCUGGUGGAGGUCAUCGGGAAAGGGCAGCGUGGGACCGUGGCCUACAUCGGCGCCACCCUGUUCGCCUCAGGGAAAUGGGUGGGGGUCAUCCUGGACGAACCCAAGGGGAAGAAUGACGGCACGGUGCAGGGAAAACGCUACUUCACCUGCGAGGAGAAUCAUGGGAUAUUCGUCAGACAGUCUCAGAUUCAGCUCAUCGAUGAAGGAGGCAGCUCUGCUACGUCUCCAGAAACACCUGACUCAGGUGUGGCCAAACUGCUCAAGAAAGAAGUCCAGGAGACGCCAAAAGCUGUUAAGCAGACUCCAACAGCAAAGAAGUGUUUCUCUUUCUCUGUUGAAAUCUCUUUCCUGCUCGUUUUCUCUUUGCAAUCCCUUCAACUGUUCCCUCUUCUCUCUGUAUUCCCCUGUGUGUGUUUUGUGCUCCUCCCUCAGCCUCCUAUGCGUCGUAGUACCAAGUGGCUCACACCGGGCCGUCUGUCCAGCUCCAGCUCCCUCCCCUCUCUCAUCAUGGCGACGGGUCGUCCCUCUGUCGGAGGGUCAGUGCUUUCAGAGUCAGUGUUAGCAGAGAAUGAGUCCACAGCGCCUUCCCAGAUUGCACUGGGAGCUCCGGUCGUUCCACAGCCCAGCGGCACACCCAGCGCCCCUCCUCCUGCCACCCCCAGCAAGGAGGAGGAGAGUCUCCGAGCUCAGGUCAAGGAUCUGGAGGAGAAGCUGGAGACGCUGCGGAUGAAGCGCUCGGAGGAUAAAGCCAAACUGAAGGAGAUGGAGAAGCACAAGAUCCAGCUGGAGCAGCUGCAGGAGUGGAAGAACAAGAUGCAGGAGCAGCAGAACGAGCUGCAGAAGCAGCUCAAAGAGGCCAAGAAGGAGGCGCGCGAGGCUCUGGAGGCCAAAGACCGAUACAUGGAGGAGAUGGCCGACACAGCAGACGCCAUCGAGAUGGCCACGCUGGACAAAGAGAUGGCGGAGGAGCGGGCCGAGUCGCUGCAGCUGGAGGUGGAGGCUCUGAAGGAGAAGGUGGAGGAGCUGACCAUGGACCUGGAGAUCCUCAAGCACGAGAUCGAGGAGAAGGGCUCGGACGGAGCAGCAUCCAGCUACCACGUCAAGCAGCUGGAGGAGCAGAACGGCCGUCUGAAGGAGGCUCUGGUCAGGAUGAGGGAUCUGUCGUCGUCGGAGAAGCAGGAGCACGUGAAGCUCCAGAAACAGAUGGAGAAGAAGAACUCUGAGCUGGAGACUCUGAGAGCGCAGAAGGAGAAGCUGCAGGAGGAGAUGAAGCAGGCUGAAGCCACGAUAGACGAGCUCAAGGAGCAGGUGGACGCGGCUUUAGGAGCUGAGGAGAUGGUGGAGACACUGACGGAGAGAAACUUAGACCUGGAAGAGAAAGUGCGGGAACUCAGAGAGACCGUCAGUGACCUGGAAGCGAUUAACGAGAUGAACGACGAGCUGCAGGAGAAUGCGCGCGAGACGGAGCUGGAGUUGCGCGAGCAGCUGGAUCUGGCCGGCGCUCGGGUUCGAGAGGCUCAGAAGAGAGUGGAGGCGGCGCAGGAGACGGUGGCUGACUAUCAGCAGACCAUCAGCAAAUACAGAGAGCUCACCACACACCUGCAGGAAGUGAACCGAGAGCUGACCAAUCAGCAGAGCAGCUCGGCCGAGCAGCUGCAGCAGCCCACCACAGAACUCUUCGACUUCAAGAUCAAGUUUGCUGAGACCAAAGCUUACGCCAAGGCCAUCGAGAUGGAGCUCCGCAAGAUGGAGGUGAAUCAAGCGAACCGUCAGGUGUCUCUGCUGACGUCCUUCAUGCCCGAGUCCUUCCUGAGACACGGAGGAGACCACGACUGCAUCCUCGUGCUGCUGCUCAUCCCCAGACUCAUCUGCAAGGCGGAGCUGAUCAGCAAGCAGGCGCAGGAGAAGUUCGAUCUGAGCGGAGGCUCCCCGGAGCGCGCUGGACUGCGAGGAGCCGCCGGAGAGCAGCUGAGCUUCGCGUCUGGUCUGGUGUAUUCCCUGACGCUGCUGCAGGCCACGCUGCACAAAUACGAGCUCGCUCUGAGUCAGUGUGACGUGGAGGUGUACAAGCGCAUGGGCACGCUGUACUCGGAGAUGAGCGUUCACGAGCGAUCGCUGGACUUCCUCAUCGAUCUGCUGCAUAAAGACCAGCUGGACGAGACGGUGCAGGUGGAGCCGCUCACCAAAGCCAUCAAAUACUACCAGCAACUGUACAGCGUUCAUCUGUCGGAUCAGCCGGAGGACUGCACCGUACAGCUGGCGGAUCACAUCAAGUUCACCCAGAGCGCUCUGGACUGCAUGGGGUCAGAGGUCGGCCGUCUGCGGGCCUUCCUGCAGGCAGGACAGGAAGGGGCGGAGCUCUCUGUGCUCCUGAAGGACCUGGACACUUCCUGUGGAGAUAUUGGUCAGUUCUGUAAGAAGAUCCGCAGGAGGAUGCCAGGAACAGACGCUCCGGGGAUUCCUGCUGCGCUCAGCUUCACUUCUCAGGUGGGCGAGGCGCUGGCGGACUGCAGGAAGCAGCUGACGCGUGUGGUGGCGGUUCUGCAGGAAGUAGCAGCGGCAGGAGCUCAGAUGAUCGCUCCACUGGCCGAGACAGAGGGACUGCAGCCGCUGAAGAUAGAAGACGUGAUGUUCAAAGCAGUGGAUCAGGUGUACAGCGCUCAUGGACUCAAUGCGUUCGAGUGUCUGCGUCAGUCCUGCGCCGCGGUCAUCGCCACCAUGAACAAGAUGGCCACCGCCAUGCAGGAGGGAGAGUAUGACGCAGAGCGGCCGCAGCGUCCGCGUCCGCCGGUGGAGAUCCGUGCCGCCGCCAUCAGAGCCGAGAUGACCGACGCCGAGGGUCUGGGAAACAAGCUGGAGGACCGAGAGACGGUCAUCAAAGAGCUGAAGAAAUCCCUCAAGAUCAAGGGUGAGGAGCUGAGCGAGGCGAAUGUUCGUCUGAGUUUACUGGAGAAGAAGCUGGACACGUCGACGAGAGACGCAGACGAGCGAGUGGAGAAGAUCCAGACCAAACUAGACGAGGCUCUGACUCUGCUGAAGAAGAAGGAGAAGGAGUUUGAGGAGACGAUGGAUGCGCUGCAGGCCGACAUCGAUCAGCUGGAGUCAGAGAAGGCAGAGCUAAAGCAGAGGAUCAGCAACCAAUCACGAGCCGCCGAAGGUUUCCGUGGACCGCAAGCGGCUGGAAUCGCCUCGAUCGUCACGGGAACCGCUGCUGGAGUAAUGGCGGCAGGCGUGAGCGGCGUCUCAGGUGUGCUUCAGGUGGUGGACUCUCCUCUCCUCAAACAGCAGAUCGACGUGCAGCGACUCGCCAUCAAGCAGCUGAAGAGUGAAAACUACAGACUGAAGGCUGAGAAGAUGCGAGCGCAGCUGUCGUCUCUGCCGCCGCUGCAGCCAGCGAACAUGACUGAGGUGAUGAAGGAGGCUCCAGCCGGAUCUCUGUACCGUAGAACUGACCUGCUGCUCAACAACCUGCUAAAGAUGAGCGCCGGCCUGAGAGUCGUCGACAUCAGCGGAAAAACCACAGCGAGUGCGAGCGCUCAGCUGCUGGAGCAGACGGCCAGACUGAAGUCUCUGAGUGACACGCUGGAUAAACUGAAGGCUGAAGUGUCGCAGCACGUCGUGUCGCAGCAGCCUGGAGCUCGUGUGUCGUCAGACUUCGCCUCGUUCCCCUCCGCAUCUUUCGUCAAGGCCAAAGCGGAGCAGCAGAGCGGCUCGGUGCUGGUGGGGAAGGUGAUGAUCCCCUGCGCUCGCGGCGCGGAGCAGACGCACUGCCUCGUCCUGUCGCAGCAGCAGCUGCAGCGCGUGCAUCGCCUGCUCAUGACGUAAACACGCUUCCUCCCACAAUCCCACGCUCUCAGGAAACAUCCGGCGCCAAAGACGCAUUACAGUCCAGCAGCUGCUCGUCUUCUGAUCCUCCAGCGCCUAAACACAGCCUUCAUCUUUCUGACAUGGGACAAAAAAGUAAAAUAAUAGGCGACUUUUAUCUCACAAUUCUGACACAUUGCAAGAUAAAAAUGCAGAAUCAAUUCUGAGCCAAAAAGUCAGAAUUGUCAGAAAAUAAGUUUAAUUUUUGUGGUACAAAACAAAAAAAACAGAAUCAAUUAUAUCGCAGUUCUGACUUUUUUCUCGUAAUUUUGAGUUUAUAUCUCACAAGUUAGAAUUGCGACAUAAAAUCUAAAAAAAAGUCAGAAUUGCAAGAGAAAAAGUAAUUUAUUUUUUUGUAAUUGUGAGAAAGUCUAAAUUUAUAUCUCUUUUUUUAUUUUGUAAUUCUGAAUUCGGAAAACAAAAAAACAGAAUUGCAUGAUGUAAACUCAAAUUUACGAGAGAAAAAAAGUCAUAAUUCUAAGUGUUUAAACAUUGCAAUUCUGACUUUUUCUGGCAAUUCUGAGCCAGAAAUGUCAGAAAAUAAGUUUAGUUUUUGUGGUGAAUAAAAAAAUAGAAUUGUGAGAAUUGCUAUUCUGACUUAUUUUUCUCUCGUAAAUUUAAGAGAUUAAAUGUGGUAAAUCUGACUUUUUUUUCUGUCAAUUCAGAAUUUCAAGAUAUUAACUCAGAAUUAGGAAAUACAAAUCUGCAGUUGUGAGAAUUUUUAUUUCAUGGUGGAACCGAAAAAAUAGAAUUGCGAGAUGUAAACUCAGAAUUGCGAAAAAGUUCUGAAUUUAGAUCUUGCAAUUGUUUUUGCAAGUUUAUAUAAUUCUGAGAAUAAAGUCAAAAUUGAAUUGCAUGAAAUAAAGUCUUGAAUUGUAAAAGAAAAAGUCGUUUUUUUAUUUUAUUUUUCCAUGCAGAAAAGCACUUCUUAUGAUUCAGAGGAACUCAAAAGGAGACGUUACAAAGUUCUGCUUUUGUUUUUCACUGGAAACACUCACAGCCAAUGGAUUUCUUUGUUUGUUGAAUUAUUCCUUUACCAGAGGAAGACUUACUCAAAGCUGAAUCUGUGCGCUCAAACACCUUUAACUUUCAAUUCGCUAAACUCUGUUAACGUAAUGCCAUAAUGCUUGCAAUAUUUUAAACGGUUCACGGAUGUCUUUGCUUCCAUGCUUUGUUUUCUAUUUAGUCCAAUCGUUUGGUUUCACAUUUCAUAUGAGGCAUCAAGGUAUGUUUCUUGUCAUUUUACGAGUAACCCUUUGGUGAAGGAUGUUAAAUGGGUAACUGUACUAACGCUGUAGCGAAGCUCACAUGAAACGCACCGCUGUAGGAAAGCACUAAGAGAUCAGUAGGUUUGGAUGAUAAUUGUAGGUUUGCACCAGUAACUCACUCAUAUAUUAGCGCUUCAUUAGAAUCAAAGGACCAAUCAAUCAAUCAAGAGGCACAUCGUUUGAACAACACUCAUGAUUUAUGCAAGUCAGAAGCACAAGUGUGUUUUCAGUCACUGUUUCCUGUAUUUAACACCUUUUGCAAAUGUUUUGUGACUCUUCUGAUCUUCUCUCUGGUUGAUUUGCUUUUAUUCUCUUGGAUGGUUGGUUCAGUGUUUUAAUAGUUUAUGCAUUUGACAUGUUUCUCAAUGGAAACAAUUGCAAUAAAGUUGGAGAAA